AUGCAGGCAGAGCAGCAGAGACAGGAUGCUGGGAUGGAGCAGGAGGAACACAGACAGGAAGAGAUGGCGCAUAUGCAGUUGGUCUUGAAGGAAGGACUUUGGAUUGGGGAUGUUUAUGCUGCGCAGGACGAAAAGAGCUUGAAGGAGGCUGGGAUUACGGCCGUCCUCUCCCUUAUAAUCCCCGCGAUGACUAACAUCCCAUCCUCGAUCAAACACUUGUCGAUCACAAUCGAAGAUUCAGCCAACACCGACAUCCUCUCGCACCUGGACCAGUGUGUGGACUGGAUCGACUCUGUCUUGAGGGAAGAACGAGAGGAGAACAUCCAGCGUCAGCGAGACGACUCCACUUCGAACUCGGACAAAGGGGUCAUGGAGGGAGAAAAACAAGUCGACAUCGACAAUACCACCGAGGGGACCAAACCGAAGAUCCUGAGAAAGGGAGGCGUGUUGGUACACUGUCAAGCGGGGAUGAGUCGGUCGGCUACGAUCGUAGCUGCUUACCUGAUGAAGGUCUUGGGGGUCGGGGUGGAUGAGGCGUUGGACAUGAUCAGGAACGUCAGGCCUGUCAUCGAACCCUCGCAGACGUUCAGGGAGCAGCUCGAGGUGUACCAUUACGCCCGCUGUAGGGUCUCUAGGAAGGACAAGGAGACCCGUCGAUGGUAUCUCGAACGCACGGCCAUGGAGGUCAUGCAAGAAGGAGAAUUCGACCCGGAAGCCACUGAACACAUGGCCAAGUUCCCUUCGACCCCGACGCCCUCUCAACCGGCUACACCCGUGGGCGGGAUGGCGAGGAGGAAGAUCAGGUGCAAGAUGUGUAGACGACAACUGGCAACAAGGGAACAUAUGAUGGACCAUAUUCUCGAUCAGACGCCGAUGGUGCCUAGGUCGAGGACACCGUCGAUGAGCUUGACGUUGCCCUCGCCGAUGACCACUAUGGACGGACCGCCUUUGGAAUCGUCCAGAGCAAGUUCUCCGUCAAUGAAUGAGGGAGAGAGGAAGCGAAGGAACAGCCGGUUGGGGAGCAUGUCGAGCAUGACCUCGCCGUCCGUUUCGAGCCCGCUUGGGAUGUCCAUCUCGACUGCGACCAUGGACGAAGCCUUCGAAGAGGCCGUCGUUGAGGAACCAGGUCAAGCUCGUUCGAACUCGAACCCGACGGGCAGGAAAGUACUCGACGCCGAGGCUCUGGCGGCUUCGUUACCGCCUCAAUUGGCUGCUCUCCGAGCGGGCGUUCCAGGUCGACCGGGGACUCCCCCUACGGCCGCUUCGAACGCGGCCAGGAGGAUCUCUCAACCCAAUUCCAGCAAAACCGAUGCUUCGACCCCCUCGACGAGGAAUCAAGCGGCGAAACGGUUAUCGAUGAUGGCCCUGACGCCGAGCAUGAACGGCAACAGCGCCUUGAGCCGGUUGAGCAUGGACGAGAGCGCGAUCGCUAGUGACGGCGAACAGACCGGCUUUACUAGCAUGCAAAGGGAGCCGGCCAUUCUCAGCCACGAUUCCAAGUGUUCCGGAUACUUUGUCGAGCCGCUGACCUGGAUGGAACCGUUCUUGGAGAACGGGAACAUGGCCGGCAAGAUCCUCUGCCCGAACGAAAAAUGUAAAGCCAAGAUUGGGAACUAUGACUGGGCCGGUGUUCAGUGUGGUUGCAAGGAAUGGGUUGUGCCCGGGUUCUGUAUCGCCCGGAACAAGGUCGACGAAGUAUGGUAA